GUGUAGCGAAAAAGGCAAUGCCAGCAAAUAUGAGCAGAAAUUGUGUCGCAAUUUGCUUGUCAGUUUCCCUCGCGCUCAACAUUCUACUAAUGUUGCUGCCACAUGCCGCUGGCGAUGAUUGGUCGGCGAGUUGUGCCUCCAACUGUACCUGUAAAUGGACCAAUGGCAAGAAAUCGGCCAUCUGCAGUUCGCUGCAGCUCACCACCAUACCCACAACGCUAAGCACCGAGCUGCAAGUGCUCGUACUGAACAACAACCACAUACCAUAUCUCAAUCGAGAGGAGUUCACCAAUUUAGGUCUUCUCAACCUGCAACGCAUCUACCUGAAAAAUUCUGAGGUGCAAUAUGUACAUAAAGAGACAUUUCGUAAUUUGAAAAUAUUAGUCGAAAUCGAUUUGUCAGAUAACAAAAUAGAAAUGAUCGACAAAGACACAUUUAUGGGUAACGAUCGCUUGCGCAUACUCUACUUGAAUGGCAAUCCGCUGAAGAAGUUGGUCGCCUAUCAGUUUCCCAUACUGCCACAUCUGCGCACACUCGAUCUGCAUAACUGCCUGAUUUCAUAUGUGGAUCCGAUGGCCCUGGCGAAUCUGAAUCUACUCGAAUUUCUCUAUUUAAAGAAUAAUCUGCUUGAAAGCCUCAGCGAAUAUGUCUUCCAGCACAUGACGAAUCUCAAGACGUUGGUAUUGGACGAGAAUCCGUGGCAGUGUAAUUGCAAGCUGCGCAAAUUCCGCACCUGGUAUGUGAAGAGCAAAUUGAACAGCAUCAGUUUGCUGUGUAAGGGUCCACCGUCUCAGAAGGAGAAGCAGUGGGAGCAUGUUGAUGAGGAGCAGUUCGGCUGCACGCCCAAAGUGGAGCUCUUCAAUAACGAAGAUGUACAGAAUAUCGACAUAGGUAGCAAUACGACCUUCAGCUGUCUGGUGUACGGUGAUCCAUUGCCCGAGGUGACGUGGGAACUGAAUGGCAAAAUACUGGAUAAUGAUAAUGUCAUUUUCGACGCAGAGUCGAUCACCUCAGAUAAGCUGUGGAGUAAUCUGACUGUCUUCAAUAUGACCAGUUUGGAUGCGGGCACCUACGCCUGCAUCGGUUCAAAUAUAGUUGGCGUGGCUUCGCAGAACAUCAGCAUAUAUCUAACGGAAAUUGUGCAGCAUGUUUUGGUGAAAACACCGGAGACCUUUUGGUAUUUCGGCUUGAUCAUGGGCACCUUCGGCACAAUCUUCCUGCUCAUACUCAUCUCAUUUGUGGUGUGUUUGUGCAAACGCACGACACGGCAACGGCGCCAUCCGAAAAAAUCUGGCGUGAAACCGAGUGUCAGCUUCAAUGAUCAAGAGAAGAAACUGCUGGAUUUAAGCAUCACAACGACAACAGCCGACCGCGGCGACAGUUGUGGCAUGGAUAACAAUACAACAACGACAAUGAGCAAAACGGAAUCGGUAAUUGGCUUCGAGCCGAUUGAGAUACAUGCAACGGAUAACAUGCGCGGCGCCGCAGCAAACCACAACCAUCACCAGCUAACACAUCAACAACAGUUGCAGCAGCAUCACGCGCAUAUGGCGGGCGCUGGUAGCGUUGGUAGUGGUGGCGGUGGCGGCGGCGUGGUAAACUCUAUGAUGCAACCAAGUCGCCAGCAAUUGAUGGCCGUGGCAGACGGUUCGUGCAGCGUUGUUGGCAUACCUACAUCAAUGGCAUCGGUCGUGGGCGCGGUGGGUACGAAGGCGCAUCCCAAUGCCAUACCGGAGGAGUUUCCGCUAAAUGUUGGUGUCUUCCCGCCGCCGCCUGAGUUCUGCUCCAACAUUGUGCCAAAUCCCGCUUACGGCAACAUAUUCAUAAGCGUCUCCGUGACGCAGGACAUGUUGGACGGUGCGGACAUCAGCAUGUAUCCUGACCUGUUGAAUAUACCAAAGCGUCAAAUGAACGCAGAUGGCAACAGCAUACAAGCGGGCGUGAGCGUGACCAGCGGUAGUGGUGCCGGCAAUACGACUACCACAAAUACACUACUGCCCACGGGCACCACGACUGCAGUGAAUGUCUCAUCGUUUGCGACGUUGCCACGGAAUCAUCAACGACGCGGCAUACUCAAGAAAGACUCAUCGCUGCAGCAUCAGUACUCACUGCAACAACAACAGCAAACGAAUUUGUAUCCACACGAUGAAAUCGUUUCGUAUCACAAUCUCGAUACCACCUACAGUCAGGGCUAUCAGGAACAUCAGCAGCAGCAACAGCAGCAGCAGACGCUUGAACAGCGACAGACUUAUGGCGCUAAUAUCGUUGGCUUGCCGCCACCACCGCCACCUCCUGCGGCAGCCACACUAUCGCAGUGCCAUCACAAUCAAACAGCUGUGGCGGCCGCCAUCAAUGCCAAAGCUUGCGCCGCCUGCAUUGGCACACUUUCGCCACCACCGCCUUCUUGCAGCACGCCGCCGACAACGAUGGAUGCAACGCCGCUGAGACCGCUCAAUAAGGGAGGUGCUGGCUCAUCAGCGUCCAGCAAUUCAGGGCUAAAGUAUGACAACAUGGGGCGACGCAUCACGGCUAGCGGCAACUCGACGCUCUCGCUACCCGAUGAGGCAGAUGAGGAAUGCGUGGAAGAUGAGACGCAUUUCAUUGAAGAGGCGCGCAAAAUGAAGCAGGGACAAAAGCAGCAAAAAGACUGCCAGCAGCAGCAGCAACAACUGCUAAAGGUUGCGGCGGCAGUGAAUGCGACUGGCGUAUCGACGAAUGCGAGCGGAAACUCGAUGGUAGCAGAUGCAGGCGGGGGCACGGAAUAUGUGUCGCUGUAGUAUUAUGGAACGCAAGUGUAAAUAGGGGCGAUGUGUGUAGUAUAGUUGUAAGAGUACAUGAGCGGUGGGGGCAAUGGCAGAGUUGGCAAGUAUAUACAAGUAGUUAUAAUAUAGUGAAUAUAUGAAAUAUUAAUAGGGAAAAUGUAUACAUACAUAAAUAUAGUGUAAAAAAAUUAAAAUUACUUAUAGCGCCAUAUGCUGAAAAUAUGUAUUUGCUUUUUAGAUCCUAUUGCCCAAAAGUAGGCCAUCCAUCAAGCGGAUUUA